AUGGCUAUCUUGUGGCUUGACAUAAUAUUGCAUAACAGCGUCCAGUUAUCUGUAGUACACUACCAACGCAUCGCUCACCGUGAUAUUAAGCCGGCUAAUCUCCUACUCGGCGAAGGGCGAGUACAGGUUGCUGAUUUGGGUGCAUGUGGGGAGUUGGCAGGCGCUGGCCGACUUACAGGCGCUGUUGGUACACCAGCCUUCAGGGCACCAGAAGCGGCCGCCAACGCAGACAAAUACGUUGGAGAAGCAGCGGAUAUGUGGUCUCUUGGGAUUACUCUGUUUGCCAUGGUAACAGGCCGCGUGCCCUGGAUAGGACCCACUGCUGCGGACCUCCAACGUCGAGUUUUAGAAGAACCUCUCACUUUCCCUGCGAGGCCACAACUCUCUAAGUCAUUGAAAGAUUUACUUCAUAGGAUGCUAGAUAAGAAUCCUGCCACGAGAGCAACCAUGCAAGAAAUUAAGGAACACGAGUGGGUGACAUCUUUCGGCCAGGAUCCGCUACCUUCGGAGCAAGAGAAUUGUAGACUAGUGGAAGUGACAGACGAGGAUAUGGCACAAGUCGUCACCUCCAUCCCCAAUCUAUCUACGCUGAUUCUCAUCAAGACAAUGCUCAAAAAGCACAGUUUUCAGAAUCCAUUCCUCCGCAGCCGCGAGGGCAGCGCGCGGCGUGAGUCUGGCAGUGGGCGCGGGGAAGCGGGCGGGGAGCGGGCCGCGCGCCGUGGACAUCUAGCACGCGCCGGCCGCUCACUCUCCGCGCCGGGGAACUAUCUCACUGACAGGCCACAAUCCUUCGACAUCAACCUUGAGUCAGUGGAAGAGUCCCGUGACCAGAGUCAAGAGAUGAAGGACAAGGAGGGUGAGCGUACCGCGUCCUCCGCACCCGCACCCGUGCCUCGCGUGCAGUCCGCGCGGUGA